UCUUCCUCUCUCUCUCUCUCUCUCUCACACACGCACACACACACAAACUCACAUACUUAAUAAGAGAAUCAUCACCAUCAUCAUCAUCAACAACAACUAGCUACAAUAUGCACACCACAAGUAUUUCUACAACAACUCCAUCAUUUAGCUAUAUUUGUUCAGAAGCAGACGAUCGAUUAGAUCAUGAAGACUCCAUUGUUCUCUCUCUUGGCCCUCCCGGUCAACACAACAAUAAUAUCUCCAGACACUACAAACCCAUCUUCCAUCAACAUCAUUCCACCUCAAACCAACCUCAAAGUAAUAUUCAAAUUAGUUCUUGCUUCAAAAGUAGUACGGACACUACUGUUACUAGUACUAGUGAGAAAGCAGGUGUUACUGUAGCUCUUCAUGCUGGCCUUUCAGAUUCUGGCCUUCGUCACAUUAGUAUUCAUAACGAAACCCCUACAGAAGCCCAGUAUUGGAUUCCCUCACCAGCCCAAAUCCUCGUCGGUCCAACUCAGUUCUCUUGCUCUGUCUGCAACAAAACCUUUAACAGAUACAACAACAUGCAGAUGCACAUGUGGGGGCACGGGUCACAGUACCGAAAGGGUCCGGAAUCACUUAAAGGGACAAAACCAGCUUCGUCAAUGCUGAGGCUGCCAUGCUAUUGCUGCGCCGAGGGGUGCAAGAACAACAUAGAGCACCCGCGAGCGAGGCCGCUGAAAGACUUUCGGACGCUGCAGACGCACUACAAGCGCAAGCAUGGUGCCAAGCCCUUCGGCUGCCGCAAGUGCAGCAAGCCCUUUGCGGUGCGAGGCGACUGGCGGACUCACGAGAAGAACUGCGGGAGGCUUUGGUUCUGUGUCUGCGGCUCCGAUUUCAAGCACAAGAGGUCGCUCAAAGACCAUGUUCGUGCAUUUGGGAGUGGUCACGCGCCCCACGCGCUGGAGUUGUGUGAGGUCGAAGGAGAAGAUGGAGAACACGAUAACGAUAAUGAUAAUGAUGACGAUGACGAUGAUGAUUAUGAUUAUGAAGAACGUGAUAAUGAUAGUCUUGGGGGGUCUGUUAUCUUUUGAUUAUUAACUUUUAAUUAUGUAGGUAACAGUAAUAAUGUUAAUUAAUUAAGAUAUGCGCAGGCUUUUAUCUAAUUGGUGCAGUAGCAUAUAUCAUGAAAGAGAGGGCUACAGAAGGAGAAGACGAAGACUGUAACAGUAUCAUGAAUUAAGCCAUAUAUAUAUCUGUAUUUUUAUGAAUUAA